GAGAGAGAAUAUCGAUGUCUCGGCAAUUGGGAAGAGGACGGAGUGCUCUAUACAUACACACAGAGGAGGGAUAUGCCGGGACACCAAUGCUUUGCCGGAAAAAUCUAUCGAAGCGGUGACGAGGCGUUCAUCAAAGAGGCGGGCGAGAGCUGUGUCAGAGGAGAAGAUCCACUCAUUUUUGGCAUGAAAAUAACAAAACAUGCUUCGUGUCCACGACAGCCGCCCAUCACAUCCUAUGUUCCUAUCCGUCCCAAUUGGAAACCCGACAAAGGCUUCCCAAUGCCUCCGCACCAGCCGUCAGUAUACCCGCCAAUCAGGCCAUUGCCCGCUCCGGGCAUUAAGCCUAUACUAUCGCCGGCGCCGCCGCGACCGGCCAUAACGCGGGACCCGUACUGGUACGACGCCGACACACAACCCACCACCAAAUCUUGGCGACCAAACACAACAGAUCGCAAGAUUGAAACAAAAGAGGAGAAGAAUAUGUGUUCGCAAUUUAAGCCAUUCCUACCAUUGGUUAUAAAAACCUAA